UAUAUGUCCAUGCAUAUCGGUAUAUGGCACCUGUUCGCUCCCGCAGUGUAUUGAACGUCGCUCUCUAUUUUUUAGGACAUUCUUCUGUCAAAAUGUCUUCUUUCUCGCGACCAGCUAAAUUGUCAUUCAAUGAUUUUGAUGCAGUCGGUGUAGAUUUAGAUCAUACUCUGUGUAAAUACAAGUUGGAUAACACGUUUCCGUUGAUUUAUAAGAGUCUAGCUGAGGCAGUUGUUAGCAGGAAGGGGUACAGUGCAGAGCUUCUUGAGCCUUUUGAUAAAGACAAAGACUUUUGCACAAAGGGUCUGGUCUUUGAUGCCAAGAAGGGGAAUUUCCUGAAGCUGUCUAGAGAGGGCGACAUACUGAGGGCAAGCCAUGGGACCACACCUCUGAGCCAGGUGGAAGUGUGCGAGAUCUACGGUAGUCAAGCAAGAUGGGAACACUUUGACUUCUUGAAAGAUACCCUCAAGCAAACAGGUAGGAAGAGGAUAAGUAUAGACCUGUCCAUCACCACAUCCUUUGUUACUCCUAUGCCGGUGGCAGCUAUUUGUGACAAAGUAACUUUUUUUGUUUAA